AUGGCAUUACCGAUGGAGAGAGUCUCCCGAGGAGCCUUCAAUUGUAUAUCGAAACGAUUCACUCGUCCAGCAAUAUAUCCACCACGUUAUCUACAUGGAUCCAAACAUAAAUCCACAACCACAACAACUGACAACUCAACGAAACCACCCUUCAACCCCGAGCAACCCAUAAAAUUCACUCAACCCCCAGACCCAACCUGGACCCUCGGCGACGGCGCAUCCAUACCCAAAAAUGCUGCUCAAAGCAACAAAGCCCACAUCUCCAUAAACCCAUCCGACCCAACCCGCGCCUCCAGCAAAAACUACAAAUUCCUCAUCUCCAGCAUCGUGCCGAGACCAAUCGCCUUGAUCAGCACCAAAUCCAAAAGCUCCUCCGGCGCGGACCUAAAUCUGGCGCCCUUUAGUUACUUCCAAGUCAUAAACCACGACCCGCCCAUGUUCGUGGUCAGUUUUAUAGCGACUACGCAACAUAGUGGUACUGCCAGCCGCAAUCCCAAGUCCCAGAAGGAUACGCUGCGAAACCUGCAGGAAACAGGGGAGUGCGUGAUCAAUAUUGUAUCGGAGCACAUGCUCCAAGCGGCUAAUGCGACGUCUGUGAAUGCCGAAUUCGGCGAGUCGGAGUUUGAUAUUUCUGGCCUCACACCCCAGUACGAUACGGGGGUAGGUGUGCCGAGGGUGUUGGAGUCGAUUGUCUCGAUUGAGGGGAAAUUACUUGAAACGCGGGAAUUCGAGAGUCGUGCGAAUCCAAAUGACUCCAAGAGGGGCAAAACGACCUUGGCGAUUAUAGAAGGUACGAGGUUCUGGGUUAGGGAGGAUGCGAUUGAUGCGACGAAAUUGGAUAAAGUGGACUUGAAUGUGCUGAGGCCCGUGAGUAGACUGGGCGGGAAUGGGUAUGGAAGGACUACGGAGGUUGUGGAGAUUGAGAGGCCGGUUUAUAGAUCAUAA